AGCCAAUGAGGACAAGCGAUAUUGCUGGGUGCCUGAGGAAAAGGAAAGCGGCUUUUAAGUUGAGGUAAAAUUGGUCAGAGAGAGUCACCACGAGGCCUUUUCUGUCUUCAUAGCCUUUCUUUCGAUGGGGCUUCUGGGCGAACUAACCCGGGGCCUGGUGCGUGGCGCCGACCGUAUGGCGCCCUGGACUAGCAAACGGGGCCCGCGAUCCUUCAACAAGGGCCGAGGCGCUAAAAACGCCGGCUUCCUCACUAAAAACAGGAAGUUCCAGCUGGUGCAGGAGAUGGUGCCCAAGCUAGUGGUGCCCGACCUGACCGGCUUCAAGCUCCGGCCGUACGUCUCCUACCGCGCCCCCGCAGGCAGCGAGCCGCCCCUCACCGCCCGCGACCUCUUCCAAGAGAUCGUCGCCCCCAGCAUCAAGAAGGACGUCGAGGAAGGCACCUUCGAUGCGGAGAAGCUGGAGAAAUACGGCUUUGAACCCAGCCAGGAGGGGAAGCUCUUCAAGCUCUUCCCCAAGAACUUCGUGCGGUAGGAGGAGGGGGGAAGCCACAGGCAGAGACCGGCGAGCUUGGAAGAACGAACGAGGAGGAGUCGGCUUCAGUUGCUGUAUGACGGCGAAGGAGGGCCUUCGCUGGAUGUUUGACUCAAAGCAAGCAAACCUUGAACGUUCUGUGGUGCAAAAAUUAAAAAGCCCACUUAACCAUGCCUCUGUGUGGGGUGACUUUUUGGGGAGCAAUUUGCUACACGGGCAGUUUUGAUGAGUGUGUGGGGGAGAAGAAAACCAACACGAACAUGUUUAGCCUGGAAACUGUUACUUUAAGCUGUCUAUAGUCUUAUUUAUAUGCUGAGCUGGAGCUUUUUAAUGCUGGAAUUAAUUUAAAUCUG